UAAGCGAACCGGUAAUACAACACAGUAAAGCUUGUGAGCUGCUCGGUAAAAACAUUUAACGUUUGGGUUUGUCAUGAAGGAAUAUGCGCAUGUUUUCUUUUAGUUGUACUACAACAACGAUAAAUAUUUUUAACUUGUGCUGGUCAUUUUAUUGGGAACCUGCUUUGUGCCUUUUUGAACGGCUGAAUUGAUGAAUUCAUUCUCUCUGUAAGCAGUUGUUCCUGCUGACACAAUGCAUCUCCAAGCUCUUCUGUGUGUUCUAGCAUGUUAUGAAUCAGCUAUCGCUCUGAAUACAUCGAGUGAUGCAAAAGAUAUAACUCCACUACUGCUUGUAUCGUUCGAUGGUUUCCGAGCAGACUACCUGGAAAAAUACCCGUUACCUAACCUGCAGAAAUUUAUCUCGGAUGGUGUUCUUAUUGAUGAACUUAUCAAUGUCUUCACUACUAAAACUUUUCCUAACCAUUACAGUCUUGCCACUGGACUGUAUGCGGAAAGCCAUGGAAUUCUGGCAAGUCGCAUGCAUGACUCGGAGACAAAUAAGAAUUUUACUAUAAAGAAUUCUAGCGAUCCUUUCUGGUGGAAUGAAGCGACACCGAUUUGGGUGUCCGUGCAGAAUUGGAACUAUAGAUCUGCAGCGGCAAUGUGGCCAGGAACUGACCUGGUUAUUCAAAACCGUACCUCUUCAUAUUUUUUAAAAUAUAAUGCAGACGUCAGAUUUAAUGAAAGACUGGACAACAUAACAAAAUGGCUCACUGAAGACAGAUUGGUCAAGUUAGCUACGCUCUACUGGGAGGAACCCGAUAAGACUGGACACAUCUAUGGACCAGAAAACAGCACAAUGAUGGCCAAGGCGCUGAAAGAAGUAGAUGAUCAUGUGGGUUUUCUGAUGGACCAUCUCAACCAGACAGGACUAUGGGGGAAAAUUAACGUUAUUAUUACUAGUGAUCAUGGCAUGGUGCAGUGCUCCCAAGAACGACUUAUUAAACUUAAUGAGUGUGUCGAUUCGAAAUACUAUGAUCUAGUGGACAUCACUCCAGUAGCUGCCAUUAUACCACGCAAUGAUGCUGCAGGUCUGUACAAAAACCUCAGCAACUGCAAUGUGCACAUGAAAGCUUACAUGAAAAACGCAAUACCUGACAAGCUGCACUACAGUCACAAUAAACGCAUUCAGCCCAUCAUCCUGUUAGCAGAUGAAGGUUGGACAAUUGUUCAGCAGGGUAACCUUCCUCGAUUGGGCGAUCAUGGAUAUGAUAACUCUCUGACCAGCAUGCACCCCUUCCUGGCAGCCCAGGGCCCUGAUUUUCGGAAAGGCUACCGAAUGAAAACUGCCAACAGCGUGGACCUCUACCCACUCAUGUGCAACCUCCUGGGCAUCCCAGAGAUGCCUAAUAAUGGCAGUUUUAGCAACAUUCGCUGUGUGCUGCUCCGAGAGAAGUGCUCAGACCUGGCAGCAGUGCUAGGCAUUGUCAUUGGUGCCCUCAUAGUGCUCACCACCAUCACCCUCCUCUUCAGACUGCUAAAGAACAGGGAGCACUCCACGUCACGGCCAUUCGCACGUUUAGAGCUUGAGGAGGAGGAUGAUGAGCCUUUACUUGAAUAAGGCUGGAUUGGUUUAAGUGCAUGCAACAUGUUUGUGCAAAAAAUAAAGAAAGAAACAAACGGCAAAAAUAGGAAAAAAUUAAGCAAUUAUAGUAGAGGGUCUCUGCUUCCGUAGGAAAAUUUUUCCUAUAUAUGCCUUUAGAUAUCCAAAGAAUAGGACUGCUAUUUAUUUAAGCAAUAGUUUAAAUAAGCAACUUCCUUAAAAACAAAUUCCAGCUUACCUAUUUUUUUUCUGGUUUAAAAAUAUUAUUAAAAAUAGAAAUACAUUCAGAUGUUUGAGAUGACAACUCCAUAUAAUGAUGUUAAUAUAUAGUUAUUUUUCUGUAUAAAGAACUUGCAAAUAUAAUAAUAUCAGGUCUUAUAAUUUACAUAAUAUGGCAUUGAGCACUUCUGUUAUUUCUAACAGCUAUUUUGGGGCACAUUCCAUUAAAAACUAUAGUAAACUAAGCUAUACAGGAAGACAUGUUAUCAGGUAUGCUCAAGUGCAAUGUUUAGUUCAUCUCACUGGAAAUCCACAGAGACUGUGCAUAUUUUGCCGAGCCUCAGAGGUUUAAAGAACUUUCUAAUCCCUGGCAUAGCACCAGGAACUUAAUCACUCCAGUUACUGAGUUAUCUACACUGUAUAUUUAUUUCCUUUGUGGUUUAUGCUUCGUUAUGAGCAUAUGAAUGUUUAUUUCGUCCUCCUACUAAGUAAAUAUUGAUGUUUAUAUUUGCUUUUAAAGAAAAUUCUAUUUUUCUAUUUUGAUAGUGUAUAAGUGCAGGCUGUUUAGUGGUUUGAAAAAGAAAUUACAACAUUAAGUGAUAAUUUAAAUGAGUUUUUUUUUUAAGAUAUAUAAUGUGUUUGUUGCACUCAGAUGUUUGUCGGUGGUAAGAAAGGUUUAAGGGCUGGCUCAGUGUUUUCUUGAAGUCUUCCUUUAAAGGCAUUUGUACUGUGGAACUAUGCAAGGGAAUUAUUGAUGGGUUGGACUGAUACCUUGAUGAAACUCUUGUGGAGCUGUGUGUGUUUAAGUUUUUUAUUUUAAUAGAUUUUCUUCCUUGUAUAAUAUUAAGUGGUCUUUUAGGGCAGCUUAAAUUUAUGCUAAAUGUAAAGUGGUAAAAUAUUGACUACCUUGUAAGUGGCUUACCUGAUCUUAACCACUAGAGGUCACUUUGUCUGUCUUAUAAUGUAGCUAACAGUUACGUGUAAAUCUCACACAUCAGGUAAAGCUUUCAUGGAAUUAUCUUUUGUCUUAAAAUAAUGUUUUUUUUUUUUAAUAAAGUUAAUGAGUAACUGGUACAUUUAACGUUUAUUUUAGUUACAUAGUUUAAAAGUAAAUUAAGUUAAGUUGCAUGUGUAUGUGGAUAAAUUUGCAGCUCUGAAGAUCUGAUUUAAGUUAAUUAUCUUUCUCAUACAAAUGAUCUCCUUCAGUAACUUACUGUGCCUUUGCUGUGUUAAAUAAAAUCCAGUCAUGCAACGAUUA